UGAUUUUGAUUUAAGAAACAUUUUAUACCGAUUACAGAUAAAAGCUGUAAAUCCUGCCACUUUUGUGCUAAUAAUUCUCAGGUUUCCAUAAAUUACGAAAGAUUGAAUUCGGGUUUCAUUUUAAGACGAACACUUUUUGAAAGGAAUUACUUGCAUAGACCUCUAAAGAUUGUUAGAAAUCUUUUUAUGCUUAUCGAGCAAAUAUUUAUUUGCAGCCAAUAAAACAAAACGGAGAAGAAAACGGCAAAGGGAAGGCUGUAAAAUAAAUAACUAUACAGGAGAAACGUAAAGAGACUUAAAUAAAGUGAGCUAAAUGUUGACAAUCAUGUACCUAAAGAUGAAGAAUUUUCUAAUUUUAACUAUAUUUGUUGUGAUAUUGAUUGGAUCGGUCGAAAAAACGAGCGUGAUGUCCUGCCCGACAAACUGUAGGUGCAGAGGAAAGGCUUCUAAAUGUGAAUCGGGUUUCACUUCGUUCCCAACGGGACUAGACGCUUCAACGGAAUAUCUUUCAAUAUCAGGAUCUGAUUCUCAAAAGAAUUCAAUUUCGACUAUAAGUAAAACAGAUUUUCAAUCUACAAAAUCCUUGUUCACUCUGAUGAUCACUUUCAGUGGUGUACAGUCAGUUCAAGAUGAAGCUUUCUCGUUGUUACAAAACCUGCACGAUUUAAGUUUGGCAGAUAACGAGAUCAAAAGCAUCACAGCAGACUCUUUUAAAGGACUUCCUAAGUUAAGAACGCUUGAUCUUUCUGGGAAUACGAAUUGUAAAUUAGACAAAUCAGUUUUUACGCACGUGUCAGGAUUAGAAGAGCUCAAUCUUGGAAACAUGAAUCUUCAAACAUUAGAUUCAGAUUUAUUCACAACUGUGACGCAACUGAAAAUUUUAAAACUAUAUAUAAACGGGAUAAAGAAGAUACAUCAAGAUGUUUUUGCACCGCUGAAAUCUCUAAAAACUUUAGAUCUUAAUGGGAAUCAACUUAUUGGACUUCCAGUUGAGCUGAAACCAGUGUUAAAGAAUAUGGACACUGUCCAUUUUUCUGAAAAUCCGUGGCAAUGUAACUGUCAAUUGCUUUGGCUAAGGGAACUUCCAGACAAAUUCGUUUCUAGUCGUACCGACACUAGUGAAAUCAUAUGUAAUGGACCUCAGAAACUCAGAUUUCACUCUUUUGUCAAUGUUCCUGAAGAGAAUUUUGUUUGUAUUCCACCAAAAGUCGUUAGAUGCGAUCAGCCAAAGUAUUCGCUGGACGUAAAUCACAGACUUACAAUACAUUGUGAAUACGAAGGUGAUCCUAUUCCAGAGGUAAAAUUCAUCCGGCCCGACGGUCAUGUAAUUGAUGGCAGAAAUACAUCGAGUGGAAAAUACGAAAUAAAUGAAAACGGGACGCUAACUAUCUCUAGCGUUGCUUUAGAAGAUGAUGGUGACUGGACGAUGUCGGCAUACAAUGCUACCGCGCAUGGAGAUCUGAAGGUCAAUGUACACGUGAUUGUUACCACGACUUCAACAUCAACAACAAGUACCUCAACUACUACUUCUACUACUACAACGACAACAACAACCACAACACCGUCAACUGUCGCUGUAAAAUCAACAAAACCUCAAGCCGCCGUGAAGUCAACUUCUAUACCUUUAUCGUCCGCUUUAACGCAAAAACCGGCCGCCGGUGCAACGCAACCGGGCUUAAACCCUAACCAGCAACAGAGCGCGAAACCACCAAAAACUACGAUAAACAUCGAUUUACUAGGACCUAUUGAUUCAAUAGAUUACCCUCAUACCAAAAAGGUAGAAACAAACACAAAGUCAGAGAGCGGCGAGGGCGGUAACGGUGACGUUAGUAGUGAUGGUGGUGGUCGUGGUAGUGGCGAAACGGUGAUUAAAGAGAAUCCUAUAAAUUAUGGUCUUAUGGCGGCAUCGGCUGCCGGAGGAGGUACAAUUGUAGGAAUUAUCUGCAUCAUCGUAAUGUUUUGUAAGAAAAAACAAAACAAUGAGAAAAACAAGAUUUCACCAUUUGAAGACGAUUUUGAUUUAUAAAAAAAAUACGGUGAGACAGGGCACGAGAAAAAUAUCUUCUAUGUGAAUGAUAUGAAGAAGCGAAAAUUGGAUUAACGAUUUACGCUGUGAGGAAAGACCAAAAGAUGAAAGCGAACGUUUGAACUUUUACAUUAAUGAAGACAUAUAUAUUGCUCAUUUUUUGUGGACACCGCUAGAGUAAAGAAUCGUUUACAUCAACUAUCUAUACCGGAACUGAACGAAGCAGUCAUAAAUGAUUGCAAAAUGUUUGUUUUUUACUUUAGUAAUAGAUGCUUUUGAUAACUAUCCAUCCUAUUCAAACAAAAUCAUUUUUACCAUAAUAGAUCGUCUUCUUGACAAGAUGUUAAACAAAUUAAAAAUCCAGGUAUGUGUCGUUGAAGUGGAAUGAUGCCACGACAUAAUGUGGUUUGAGUGGGGUUUUUAUCAAUCAGCGGUAAUAAUAUCAUAUAAAUAAAUAUGAUUAUAUAUACAUGUAUAUAUUAUAUACGUAUUAAUAUAUAAUUAUUUCUAAAGGGCAAGAGUAUUUAUUUCAUCAAAGAUUAGAAAAUUAAGUAUUUAACUACAAAAAUGUAGAUAGAUUUUGUCAAAAAAAAGUUGCACAGACGUACAGGCCGGUCUGGCUUUUUAAUGGUGACAUAUACCCAUUUUAAAGUGUCAUGAUAUUUUUGUGACUUUUUUAACUUUUAUUUUACCUAUAUUUAUUUAUAAACUGGAAAGUGUAGUGUUUAUAGACUCUAUUUCAAAAGAUUUGGUGUAUGAGCGGUAAAAAUUCUAAAGCCUCGUUUAAAACAAAAAAGCCUUGAAACUUUUCCAAUGGCCUUAAAUGACCAAAUCUGUGUAAAUUUUUAACUUAUUUUAAACUGCUAAAUAUCUUGAUCAGCUAUUUAACUUGUUUCAUUUUCGUAAAUUUAUCAAAUGAAAAUAUUUAAUUGCCUAUUAAUAUUUGUUUUUGACUCUUUUAAUCAGCCGUUAUGUUUAUUUGAAAAAUAAUUUCUUACAGGUCGGCUUUAGGUUCAAGAGCUGAUGAUUAUAUCAUUGUUUAAUUCGUUUACAUAGGGGGUAUAAUCACUUCAAUAAAGUAGAAAUUCAAGAUAAAGUAUUUGCAGUAAGCUUUGAAAGUUAUCUUAAAUAGAUACGAUUUUUUGUGAAGAAUUAAAAAUUUAGUUUUAAAUUCAAGCAACAGUCAGUCAUUUUGUGAUUAACGAGAAGUGUCGGGACAGUUUACUUUUUUUCAAUAUCGCAAUUAAAACGCACUUUAUAUUAUAUAUUAUAGUUAUGAGAAAUAAUACUUUUAUAAAUGCAGUGUUGUAAUUAUUUUAACUAGUGUCCAUUUACUUACAGUUAUUUUGCUGUCUGUGUUUGGAUUUAAAACUAUGCAUUUUAGUUGUGUGGAUUAUAUGAUCAAAUACUGAAAAUGAGCGGCACACAAUAUAGUCCCUUUAAAGACUUUAUUGAUAACUGAUUAUUUACUAGACGGGUUCGAAAAAUGAUACAUUAUUUCUAUAAGAUAAAUUGUUAAAGUCUUAAGUGUAUCUGAUAUUUAAGUUUUGUUUUGUAGAAGCAUAUUCGUUUGAUCUAUUUCAAUCUUAUAUGAAUAUGUUUUAAUUAUUUCCUAUCAUGCAGAAGUGCGUUUGUUUCUCUUUUGUACAUUGAUGUCACUUUUCUAUUCUCAGAGACUCUCUGGAUAUUUUUUUUUUUCAAACAGUAUUAUUUAUGUUUUGUUUGUCUUAAAAGCCAAUUAUUGUUUUAUUCAGGCAAUAUGUUUCCAUGAAAAUGGUUAAAUUUCGAAAUGUUUGUAGCUAUUUUUAUUUAAAAAAAUAUAAAUACUGUGUAUAUGUAACUGGCUCAUUGUCGAAUAAUUUUUUGUUACAGUGCCAAAAAUAAAGUUUUGUUACAGUACCAAAAAUAAAGUUUUGUUUACAGUACCAAAAUGAAUUAAGUUUUGUUAAAGUGUCAAUAUCAGAUUUUCUUUUAUUAAUUUUUGUUCCGAGGGAACUAAUUUGAAAUAAGUACAUUCUGAAUAAUAUAAAACGUGCAAGUAUGUCUGCUAACGGUAAAGAUACAGACUUUCUUUAUGUAAUUAUAAUAAAGCUUUUGAAAUUUCUUAUAUGAUCUGAAGUGUGAUCAUUAUUGCAUAAUGCUAUUUAAGUAUUUAUUUUAAAUUAAUUGUGAAAUUAUUAUACAUAUGAUAUGUAAUGUUUGUAAAUUAUAUCAUUUGUUUUUUGUUUUGGUUGUUGUUUUAAUAAAAUUGUUUUUGCA